CCUCGUCAGCUGAAGAUGGAUCCCGGUAUCAAUGAACACAGGCUGGCUUUGAAUGUGCUGUUGCUAGGCGACAGACAGAGUGGGAGGAGCUCUGUAGGGAACGCUCUGAUUGGAGGACAUGAGUUCCACACAGGUCCGAGCUUCUCCGGCGUCUCCGUGACGACUGAGUGUCGCAUCCUCAGCCGAACUUUCCCCAGAUACUUCAGACGUCAGGGGGCGGAGUCAGACCUGCUGCUGAGAGUCGUUGACACGCCCCCAGGGAUGCCCCUCCCACAAAUGCUCCAGAAGGUGAAGCUCCACCCAGAGGGCGUUCACGUCCUCGUCUUCGUCGUCAGGGCCGACCUCCCCCAUGACAACACACACCUGCAGCAUCACGCACAGAGUGUCCUCGGGCCUGAGUGGCGCCAUCAUUCCUUACUUGUCCUCACGCACGCCGACCAGCUGGAAGAGGCGGGGCUUAGCCCGCCCAUCUACCUCAGUCAGGCCCCUGAUUGGCUGAGAGCUCUGGCCGAGGAGCUGAGGGGCGGAGUUUGUUUCUUGGAUAACAGCUGUGAUUGGCCGUCCAUCCGAGGACGAGUCCUGAGAGACCGUGUGCUCCACCUGUCGGCAGGAAACCACCACAGAGCUCUGAGCGUCAGGACGGAGGUCUCACUCUGACACAGAU